AUGGCUUCUUCCCAGCCGCAGCCGGGUAGCCAUGAAAACCAUAUAAUCAGUCAGAUCCUUGACGUCCUCAAAAAGCUGCAAGAGUUGCAGAAUCCAAUCAACAGAUCGAACCCUCCGGAUUCAACUUCAGCCGGAAAUUGGUCGCUAGUAACAUCGGCGAGCGUUGGUAAUCCUCCGAGCGGUGGCAGUGGAGCCGACAACCUCGUUGGGAACACACAGUUGGGGAGAACACAAAGUACACCUCUUCCUCAGAGAAAGGAGGUCAGCCUUGACGAGUUGAUUCGUAAGAUACAGAGUCAUGUCAAUCAACUGAAGCGCGAUGGGAUUAAGCUGGAAGACCUUCAGCAUCACGUGGAGAAGGAGCUGAGGAGACAUCUUACAAACCUUACUCAGGAUGACCUCAAGGACAACAGCAGGAACAUCUUUAACUUGAUGUGUCAGGUACCCUUGCUGCCCGACAAGCAGAAAAAAGGUGCAUCAGAUGCUCAGGAAGACGACGAAUACCGUGGAGGCAGAGUCGAUGUCUACUUGCCCGGUAUCCAUAAGAACAAGGCAGACCUCACUCAGACCGAGACCUACGCAUCAGUGAUCAAGAACUUUAAAAGUCUUGAUAUUCAGCACAUGCUGUGCCUGUUGAGUUUUGCUGUUUUCCCAGAGAACGGAGUGAUGAACAAAACGAUGCUGAUGUAUUGGUGGAUGGCUGAGGGCUUUCUUCCUGUCGAAGACGCUGGAACAUCGGUGGCAAAAAUCCUCGAAGAUUUUAAAAAGAUGGGUCUUAUUGAACCCGUUGAAGAUGAGCGGAAGAUGGAGCCUGCUAGUUAUAAGAUGCCACCUCUCGUGCAUUCUGCAGUGGUUCGUCUCUCGACUUCGGUGGGUCUUUUCGAUAUUUAUGAUGAAAAGGGGAAGCCGGCCAUGAAAAAAUCGGAAAAGAAAAAGGUAUGCCUUGUGGAAGGGUCAUCGAGCAAGGAUGAGACGAAAAUCACGAAAAUGCAGCCAGGGGACAUCGAGACCGUGUUCAAUGUGUCUGAGAGGUUCCCAGAUUUCACGUUCAAGUGGUUCAAACUGAUGAAGACGCUCAAGGUUCUCUACCUCGGGAGAUGGGAGAGAACAGCCAAACGCCACAUCGAGGUCGAGAGCCCCGAGCUUAUGAAAAAUCUGAACUCCCUGAGUGAACUGAGACUCCUGAGUUUACAAGGUAUCUCGAGGAUCGAGAGGCUUGAUGAUUCGGUGUGUAAGCUGCGGAAGUUGAUCAUCUUGGACCUGAGAGCAUGCUAUAACCUGGAAAAGCUCCCCGAGAAGAUAGAUUCGCUCGAGAAUCUGAUCUACCUAGACAUAAGCGAAUGCUAUAUGAUAGACCGAAUGCCCAAGAGAUUGGCGUGGCUGGAGAAGCUCGAAGUUCUCAAGGGCUUUGUGGUCAGUGACGCCGACGAGGAGACCACCUGUAGACUGAUCGAUUUGAAGCACUUGGAGAGACUGAAAAAGCUGAGUGUCACCAUAAACAAGACGGACUUCGACGUGAACAAACUGAAAGAGGCUCUUGUAGGGCUGAAAGCACUGGAAAAUCUGAAAGUGGCGUGGGGAGGCAUUUCGAAAGAUCAGAAGGAGAAGAAAACGGGUAUGGAUCAUCAGGCGAAAUCUGUUGUGAAGAACGCCGUCAAAGCGUUAUUUCGGCAACACGCAGGUAGGCAUGGAGAUGGCCCAGCGAAUCCCGGUUAUCGGUUGCAUAAACUGGACCUGCAGUGUUUUCCCGAUGCAGAACUUCCCGAGUGGCUUCAGCCGCGGAAUCUUAUUACGCUCAAGAAGCUCUACAUCAAAGGAGGAACAGAACUCAGUGGAUUAGGGGAGCUGCCAACGGUACCGACCCAUUGUGGGGUUGAGGUUUUACGUCUGAAAUUUCUUCCAAAGCUGCAGGUUGAGUGGAGAGACCUCAAGGGACUGUACUUUCCAAAGAUGGAAUUGUUGGAGAAGUACCAGUGCCCGCGUGUUGCGUUAUGUCCCUGUGAUGGAAAGGGCAUCUGGAAAGUCAACAAACCUUGAAUCGAGUGCCGUCCCAUUGCCCAUUGUCAUUCUCCCAUAUUCAUGUUCUUGAAUUUCCCUGUUGUUUCUUCACGCUCUUUCCAUGUUGUUACUUGUGUAAUGUUUCUCCUUCGGACAUUGUGUUGUUGUUAAGCAACUGAAAGCUGUGAUCAUAAGAAACCAUUGUCUCUCAGUGUCGGAGCAUAAAUGUGGAGCAUAAAUGUUAUAUCUGGUGAUC